AUGAGCAUUUUCACCUUUAGUCCUAGCCCAUCCCCAGACAUCGCAUUUGGACCUAUCGCCUUCCGCGUCCCCCACGCUUCUCCCCACCGUCUCUCGCACACCUCCCCACGCACGCGCCCACGCUUCCCCUCACCGUCGCCCACGCUUUCCCCCACCGUCGCUCACGCUUCCCCUUACCGCCACUCACGCUUCCUCUUGCCCCCCACGCUUCCCAACACCGUCGCUGAUGCCUUUCCCCACCUUCCCUCACAAAAUCCGCGCUCAUCACCCACGGUUCCUCCUACCGUCGCCCACGCUUCCCCCCACCGACGCCCACGCUUCCCCCCACCGUCGCCCACGCUACCCCCCACCGUCGCCCACGCUUCCCCCCAACGUCGCCCACGCUCCCCCCCACCGUCGCCCACGCUUCCCCCCAACGUCGCCCACGCUUCCCCCCACCGUCGCCCACCGCCACCGUCGCCCACCGCCAUUGUCGCCCACACUUGCCCUCCCAUCGCCCUCGCCUCUCACCCACCCUGGGCGGGGAGGUAUGGCGGGCUGGGCUGGGAGCUGGAGAAGGGGUCGGGACUCAUUCGCUGUGGGGUGUGGAAGGUUGCGUGGUCAGCAGCACCCACCCUUCUCUCUCUUGCUCUGACCUCCUCUCCUCUCUCGCACCAACCCCACACGCAUGGCAGGUGGUGGUGCGGCUUUGGAGCAGAGUGUUUGGCGCACAGCCCCACAGGCGCGUGCAGGCGGGCAGCAAGGAGUGCAGUGCUGCAUGAGGCGGGUCAGGGGAGCGGGGGAGGCGGGGCAGGGGAGGCGGUUGUUAGGGAGAGAGGGUGCAGGGAUCCUCCUAUCCCCCUUUCCACCCUUAUACCCUGCCACACUUUUACCUCCUGCCCUCCUCCCUUACUCCGUUCUGUCGUUCCCCCACAGUCGUCCUCCUCUCCCUCUCCCUUCCUCCCUUCCUCCAUCUCUCUGCCUCACUACCCUCUUUACCCUCUCUGUUGCCCGUCCUCCCUUCCUCCCAUCCUUCCUUCCUGCCAUUCUUCCUCUCCUCAUCCUCCAUCAAUCCAGCCCCCCGUCCCCCUUCCAUCUCCCACUCUCCCACUCCCUUCCUCACACCAACCCUGCUCCUCCGUUCCACCCUUCUACCUUCCCCCUUGUACCCUGCCGCACUUUUUCCUCUCAUCCGCCCAUCAUCAAUCCGCCCAUCAUCUUAUCCGCCCAUCCUCUCAUCCGCCCAUCAUCUCAUCCGCCCAUCAUCUCAUCCGCCCAUCAUCUCAUCCGCCCAUCCUCUCAUCCGCACAUCCUCGCAUCCGCCCAUCCUCUCAUCCGCCCAUCCUCUCAUCCGCCCAUCCUCUCAUCCGCCCAUCAUCUCAUCCGCCCAUCCUCUCAUCCGCCCAUCAGCUCAUCCGCCCAUCCUCUCAUCUGCCCAUCCUCUCAUCCGCCCAUCCUCGCAUCCGCCCAUCCUCUCAUCCGCCCAUCCUCUCAUCCGCCCAUCCUCUCAUCCGCCCAUCCUCUCAUCCGCCCAUCCUCGCAUCCGUCCAUCCUCUCAUCCGCCCAUCCUCCCAUCCGCCCAUCAUCUCAUCCGCCCAUCCUCUCAUCCGCCCAUCAUCUCAUCCGCCCAUCCUCUCAUCCGCCCAUCCUCUCAUCCGCCCAUCCUCGCAUCCGCCCAUCCUCUCAUCCGCCCAUCCUCUCAUCCGCCCAUCAUCUCAUCCGCCCAUCCUCUCAUCCGCCCAUCCUCUCAUCCGCCCAUCCUCUCCAUCCGCCCAUCCUCUCAUCCGCCCAUCCUCGCAUCCGCCCAUCCUCUCAUCCGCCCAUCCUCUCAUCCGCCCAUCAUCUCAUCCGCCCAUCCUCUCAUCCGCCCAUCCUCUCAUCCGCCCAUCAUCUCAUCCGCCCAUCAUCUCAUCCGCCCAUCCUCUCAUCCGCCCAUCAUCUCAUCCACCUAUCCUCUCACCGUCGCCUACGCUUCUGCCUUAG